UUUUCUUCCCCUCCGUGUCUCCGUCUCCAAACUCUCCCGCACACACACACUCUCUCUCUUCUCUGUUCCCUUUUCUUUUCUUUCUCUUGCUUCACACUUUUCUUUUCUUUUUCUUUUCUUAAAGGCUUUUUGUACCCGAGUUUCUGAUCACCGGCCUGGAGCAACACCCUUUCGUCUCACUCUCAGUCUCACUCUCACUCCUUCCCGUUCGUCCUCUUAGUUUUCCUUUUUCGGGAAGGGAAUGGGGGAGAGGUAGAGGGAGCUAGGGUUUCUACGUCUGACUGGGUUCCGCCGGUUCUGUGAUCCAAGAUUCUGGAGUGUGGGAUCUUGGAUUCUUGCCAAUGGGGAAAUCACCUGGGAAAUGGAUCAAGACACUUCUCUUUGGGAAGAAAUCGGCUAGAUCUCAUGCAACAAAAGGAAGGGAUGCUUCGAAAUGUGAAACUGAUAAAGGUUAUAUUGAAGGAAAAGCACCUCCUGCAUUGGCUGCUAAUUCUCCAGUAAUUUCUGAACCAGUACUUGUCAGCACCGGCAAUAAUGAAAUUAUCCCAAUUUUAGAAAGGGGAACACCUUCGAAUUUAGUUGGUGAUGGAGUAGUGCUUUCUGCCACAAAUCAGGAUGAAGAGAAACAGGAAUCUGCUGGAUAUGAGGCAUCGAAUGAUCCUGAAAAGUUCAGAGAAGAGCAAGCAGCUAUAAAGGCACAGGCAGCUUUUCGGGGUUAUCUGGCACGCCGGGCAUUUCAUGCACUAAAAGGUAUUAUUAGGCUCCAGGCCCUAAUUCGUGGGCAUCUGGUAAGGAGACAAGCUGUUGCAACCCUACGUGCUUUGCACGGUAUUGUAAAGUUACAAGCAGUGGUUCGUGGCCGAAGAGUUAGGUGUUCUAGUGUUGGAUUUAAAAUACAUACAAAGCUUGCUCAAGGAAACACUACGGAUGCUAAACUCUUGGAUUCUUGGAAGGAGAAACUGUUGACAAAUGCAUUUUUUUGCAAGCUUCUUUCUUCAUCGCAUAUUGCAAAGCCUCUACGAAUACAGUAUGAUCAAGGGGACCCCAAUUCAAUCUUCAGCUGGUUGGAGAGAUGGACAUCCACUCAUUUCUGGAAGCUGCUUGAACGGCCAAAAAAGGCUACUGAUUCGAAAUCUCGUACAAGAAGGUGCAGUUAUGCUAUGGAAACUGAAUCAGGCAGAUCAAAGCGCAGUGUUCGUAGGAACUCAGCCAUGAAUGUUGACCCCGCUCAAACCAAUGUAACAUCUGAAGCUGAGAAAACAAAAUGCAACCUGAGAAAAGUCUCUGGCUCUCCUGCUGAUUCAGUACAGGAACAUCCACAGACUGAGAUUGAAAAGGUCAAGCGUAAUCUAAGAAAGGUAUCUAAUUCCAUGACCGAGGCUUCUGACCAUCUAGAGGUUGAAACUGAGAAACCAAUUGGGAAUGCGAGAAAGGUCUCAAGCUCCCCUUCUGAUGCUCCAGACCAAGGCCCUGAGAAUUGUGCUGAGAAGAUAAAGAAAGGAGUUAUUCCAACUCCUGAAACCAAGCCUGGGGUGGAAACUGUUUCGAAAUCUGCAGUAAUGGAGGGACCUGCGGAUGCAUUGCCUGAUGACUCUUCUGCAACUGAAUCACAUCAAUUGCAGAGCAUUGACAAUGAAGAGAAGGCUUUGGGGGUGAAUGGGGAGUUAAUCUCCAUGGCAGAACAACCUUUCCUCGAGAGCCAGAAAACCAAGAAGAGAAGGUCUUCUUUCUCAGCAAGAUCAGAAUAUGCGGAAAAUGGUUUACAGAACACUCCAGUCUUGCCAAGCUAUAUGGCAACUACUCAAUCUUCGAAGGCAAAAUUCCGGGGACAGAUUUCACCAAGGUUCGGCACAGAUUCAGUUGACAAAAAUGACAUCACUCGUCGUCAUUCUCUGCCAUCUUCUACCAAUGGCAAGUUGAGCUCACCACGGACGCAAAGACUAUUUCCAGCUAAUGGCAAAGGGGGCAAUAGAAGUUUCUUUUCAUCUAGCGACGGACACGAAAGGGCAAUUAGAGUAGAAUGGAGACGGUGAUGGAAGAAUGAGAAUUCAAAUAUAGCUUUGCACAAGAUGUAAAUGCCAAGAUAUUUGUGCACUUUUGUCAUUAUUGUUUGUUUUGUGGUGUAAAGUUCUGCUGUCAUCCCUAGCUGGUUUGAUAACUGGAAUUUGGUGUGUUCCAUGCCCUCUUCUUUUUGGGUUCAUAUGUGUUAUGUAUGUAUAGCUAUAAGCCUUUCGGUUUCUGUUUGUAUUUCUUCGAGCCUGCUAGUUCUACACUUAAUUUCCUCUGUAGUAGGACCACAAAAGGUAAACUUGUUACUUGAAUGCUCUCUUAUCAUAUUUGGACAUCGGGACAUUCUAUAUCUUCAUAUUUAGUAUUGCAUUA